AUGGCUGUUAGUGCAGCUGAAUGGACUCCACAUUCAUGUGAUGGAUGUAUUAAUCUUGAUUCAAUUAAGAAUUAUGACAAAUUUGAAUUGAUUGGUACCGGUGGCUUUGCCAAAGUCUAUCGAGGAGUUCGAUUAUGUGAUAGAUCCGAUGUUGCGAUUAAGAUCAUGGAUAAACAACAGCUGAAACUGAAAAAUGCUCAAUCACGAGUGAAUGAAGAGGUUCAAAUACAUUAUCGAUUGCGUAAUCCCGCGAUUGUCCAAUUGCUCGAAGUCUUCGAGGACGAUGCAAACAUUUACUUAAUUCUCGAAUUGUGCGCUACAGAUAUGCAGAAAUAUCUGAAUAUUCGUCAACAAUUUACUGAAGAUGAAACACGACAUUAUAUCAAACAAAUUGUGACGGGUAUUGAAUAUUUACAUUCUCAUCAAAUUCUUCACCGUGAUCUCAAAUUGCAUAAUCUUCUCUUAACAAAAGAAAACAACGUUAAAAUCGCCGAUUUUGGUUUAGCGAAGCAAAUGGUUAGUCAUGAACAGACAAAUUUCACCAUGGUCGGUACGCCGAACUUUCUCGCACCAGAAAUCGCGACACGGAAAGCGCAUAGUUUCGAAGCGGAUAUCUGGUCUCUCGGCGCACUUAUCUAUCAAUGUUUAGUAGGCAAACCACCGUUUGAUGAUCAAGAUGUUCUUUCUACGUUAAAACGAGUUGCGAAUGUUCGAUAUAUUUUACCGGAAGGGUUAAGUCACGAAGCAAAAGAUUUGAUUAAUCGAAUCUUACAAAAAGACGUGAAAAAGCGUUUGACUUUGAUUCAAAUUCGUAAUCAUCCAUUUUUGUUAAAACGUCAAUUGAAUGAUCGAAUGAAUUCAUCACGCACGAGUUCAACAUCAUUAAGAAGUGAUAGUGGAUACUUUGAUACAUCACUGUCAAGUCGACAACCAAUUAACGAUUCACGAGGAGCAACAAUACUGAAUUCACUUCCACCGUUAAUGAUUAACAGAAGUCAAAAAGUAAAUGCUUCGUCGGCAUCGGUGUUAAGUUGUAAUAAUCUAAGUAACACAAAUAGUAUCAGUCACCGUAAACUAAUCACUGAAAAGUUAAUCCCAUUAAACACCCAACGUCUCGAUCGUCGACAUGUGAUAACGAAAAGUGAUAUCAUGGACGUAUUAGAUGAUGGAGAAGUAGUAAUUCAACAUCUAGUCGAGGCUAAAACAGGCUCCAAACGAAUUGUCGAUGUAUUUCGAGUGUCAUCCGACGGACAGAAAAUCAUCUACUAUCGACCGGAUCGGAAACAGUACAACUCUUACAUUGAGAGUGAAGGUCCCCUUCCAUUACCUGUCAACUACGAGCAAUAUACGUUCGAUACAUUGCCCGAACAAUACCAUAGUAAAUAUCGUCGUGCAUGGAAAUUUGUGAAUAUCAUUCGUUCACUUCGAUGCAAAAUCAUCAUGUAUACAAAUGAUGGAAAAUGUCGUUUGAUGGAAACAUCAGUUGAAUUCGAUUUUACGCAUGUCAAUGGCUCGAAACUUUCGAUUUAUCGAAAGAAUUUAGAGCAUUUUGAUUCACCAUUAGAAAUGAAACUGGUUGAUUCAUCAGGCCGAAUGACAUCGAUAUUUAAUUACGAUGAUUGUAUCGAACAGCUCAAUGUACCAUUGGAUACAAAACAAAUGUUGCAAAAAGCUAUUAAAUAUCGUGAAUGCUGUUUGAUGAAGAAUCAACUUCUCGAAGAGCAUCAAGCUCAAUUCCCCGACGGAAAGACCUUUCCAGCGAUUUUUGGCGAAAAGCCGCGUUCAUCUUCUCACAAAACUUAG